AUGAAUCACAAGCUACAGAAAACUCUGUUUCGAAGUUCAAUUGGUCUUAACGAAUUGAUGUACACUAAGAAAUUCACCAUCAAUAAAAGUUUAGAAGACUUCACUGUAUUUCCGGUUAGAUGUAAAAUAUCGAAGACAUUAUUUGAUUGUCCUUUGAGUGGUUCAAGUGCACUUGAACAUGAUGAAACUUAUCUCUUUCGUCGAGAUACAUCUUUAACUUCGUUUCAUAUUAUUAAUUAUCUUUUUCGUUCAUCAUCAACAACAUAUAAUAAUUCUAGUAAUGCUUAUUAUUCUCGUCUAGUGGAAUUAAAUAUUCCUGAUCCAUUACCAUUAGAUGUUGCUGUUAUUGAUGCAUCAAUACUUCUUUAUGGUACAAUAUUUAUUCGUGUACCAAAUAAACAUCGUUUAAAUAUGUUACAACAUUCUAUUGAUAGAAUUAAUCAAUCAAAAAGUGUACAACAAGAAGCUGUACAAGUUAAUAUAUUUACAGCUAUUUUAAUAGCAUUAAAAACUUUAGCUAAAACCAAAUAA